UUCCGCCUCCUCGCCGGACGGAGCUUCGUGUUGAUAUUUACCUGCUUUUCAGUGUUUGGAAGAACGAUAGCAGAGUACGAGGAGGAACUUUGUCCAACAAAAGAGGAGAAGGAGCGACAACAUCAACUACUGGACGCUGUUUUCAAGAAACAUCAAGUUGUGUUACACAGAACAGACGUACACCAAGAACAUUUUCUCCCUGAGCAGCAAGAGUGGACAUUCAGUAUGGCGCAGGAGGAGCCACGACCCCCACACCUUAUGGAGGAGGAGGAGGAGGAGUCACGUCCCCCUCGCAUUAAAGAAGAAGAGGAGGAACAUCACAUCAGUCAGGAGGGAGAGCUGGAAGAGUUCCCAGUGAUUGGUGUCCCUGUGAAGAGUGAAUGUGAUGAGGUCAAAAGUGAAAGUGAGGAGCAGAGAGAGGCGGAGCCUCCAAGCAGCAGCUCAACUCAACACAUGACAACAGAAGCUGAUGGAGACCACUGUGGAGGAUCACAAGCAGACAAGCUCUUAGCUCCACUAUCAGAUAGUGAGGACACAACGUCACACUCUCCUGACACUGAUGAUGAAGACUCUAAAGAUGAUAAGACAUGUCACACUGACAACACACACUUCACAUGUUCUCUCUGUGACAAAACCUUUAAAUACCCGAGUCAUCUGAAAGUACACGUGAGAACACACACUGGGGAAAAAACCUUCCUGUGCUUAGUUUGCAAAAAAAGCUUCUCCCAGAAGCAACAUUUGAAUAUACAUGCCAGAACACACACUGGAGAAAAACCUUUUUCAUGUUCAAUCUGUGCUAAAGGUUUUAUACAAAACUGUGAUUUGAAAAUACACGUGAGAACACAUACUGGAGAAAAACCAUUCAUGUGCUCAAUUUGUCUUAAAAGCUUCACCCAAAAGGCAUAUUUGAUAAUGCACACAAGAAUACACACUGGGGAAAAACCUUUUAUCUGUUCAAUAUGCGGCAAAGGUUUCAUUCAACGUCAAUACUUGAAAGUACACGCGAGAAAACACUCUGGCGAAAAACCAUAUUCCUGUUCAAGCUGCAGCAAAAGCUUCGCUGACCCAUCAGGGCUUGUAAAACACACGCGAACACACACAGGAGAGAAAGUGUUGAGUUGCAGUGUGUGUGGCGAAAGAUUCUCUUAUAAGUACCAGUGUAAGAAACACAAGUGUGCUGGUGAGAACAGCAGCAGGAUUCAAAAUAGACUGUCAAAACUUUGACUUUCUAACAAUAUCAGCACAUAAAACAUGUGUGACAUCAUUGUUGUGUGUGUAACACAAUCUUGUUAAUAUGCUCCUAACAUUUAGAUUAGAUGUUAUAAGAUUAGUGUUUUUCAGUCAAGUGCACAAAUUAGUAGUACACAACAUUGUGUACAUAUGUUUUCUGCCUGCCCUUUAUGUCAUUGAAUGUGUGUUUUAUGUAAUUGCAUUUUUAUUACCGCCACACCUUGAAAAUACGUCGGGGGUUUUUUAUUACUUUGAUACAAAUUAAAGUGAUAUAAUGUAUUGUAGCCCCCAGAAGAAAUCACACAACCACUCUUAUGAUAACGACACAAUUCCAACAAAUUUUGCCUCCCGUGCAACACUUUUGUGUCUGUGAGUCCGUGCUUCCCCGGACACACAACAACACUUCCCCAUUCUCCGCCAAUCACCUUUCAGGCACGGACAGAACGUGUGUAUAUAUUGCAGAUAUAACCGCAGACAUCCAUCUGCCAAAAUGUGCACAUUUUAAAGAGUACAGUGGCGGCUUUUAAGAAGAGAAAGCCCAACUGGAGCAACAGCGCCGAGCAAGUGUGACGUCACGCUUGCUUGUUCUUUCGUCUCUAAACACCAGUACAUUUUAUAAUAACACCAGAAAAAGGUGCCAUAUUUGUUGCUAGUCGUUUUUGAUUAAAAUGUCGUUAAAUAUCUUUAGACACUUGUAAAAUUCUCAACAAAGUAUAUUGUAAUAAAAGCAGCAACAAUUGAAAAUGUGGCAAAAUGAAAUAAAUAUUUGUCAAUAUUAAU